AUGGGUUACCCUCAUGAUCAGCCGGUGGUACCAGCGGCACAACCCGUCAAGCCCAUGGCCGCCGCCGCUCGGCCGAGACCACGAUGCUCCCAGCCGAUGCCCUUUGACCCCGAAGAGCUAUCCCAGAAGCUCGCCAAGGUUCUUGCUGACCAGAGGCUCCAUGCUGAACGGAGGAGGCGAGCCAGAGCAGAGGCCGCUGCCGCCGCGGCUGGAUCAACGUCUGCGAUCCCCCCGGCCCCGGAUGCGCAACCGCCGCACACAAGCCUGGCCAGGGAGUACCUCGAAAAGGGGUCUGUCAAGCCCGGCCACCCCACCACCAAACCUCGCGCUGAGCCCUCCGCUCCGAAGCCUCGCAAGGAGACAGCAGACCCCAGUUCCGCCUGGCCAAAGUCCAAAACGCAAACGCCCGACGACGAGCGCCGCAGCUCCCAGUCCGCCGGACAGGACUCGUCUCGGCGCAAGGGCUCCGACGGCGAGAGACAUCACUUCAUCCCGCAGUUCGCCGCUGCGCAGUUCGCGCGCACUACGACGGCCGAGAACAUGUCGGAAAACAAGGGCCUGGUCCGCAAGCUGUCGAGGACGGCCCUCAGACUCGCCCAAGUCCAUCGCGAGAGACAUCAGGAGCGCGGCAACGUCCACCGUGAGCGGAUCCCGGACAUUGCCGAGCUGGGCAACGACCGCGCGCAUCGUGACCGCAACCACCACAGGCACACAAUCGAAGGGUCCCUGGGCGCUGGCCGGACGGCCGAGACGCACCAGGCGAGAGCCGCGAGGCGGGUGAGCACGGGCGACCUCCUCAUGGCCUGGGACUCGGAGGACUCGUCGCCGUAUCCCUACGAUGCGGGCGAGGUGCCAGAACAGAAGCCCCUUGAGCACCGCGUGGACUGGACGCAAAGCGACGAGAACCAGCCCCAGUCAAAGUCGAAGCCGUCGCUGCGCAAGGCGGACUCCAUCUGGGCGCUCAAGAACAAGCUCGGGGCCUUCACCAAGCACGGCCGCGAGGAGAACCGCUCCAGGGACAACAGCCCGCCGUCUGACACGUUGAGGUCGCCCAAGAGCGGCUUCUUUUCGCGCUUCAAAGUCAACCACUGA